AUGGGCUCUCCUAGGGCCGGUGGCGCUGCUAUGGGCCCUUCUAGUGGCAGUGGGCGAGCUCCUGAGAACGCCACCUUCCCUGAGAAUGCCCCUAGGAUUGCCGUUGUCCCUAAGAGCGCUCCUGGUGGAUCCAGCGCCGGUGACAGGUCCUCUGGGGGCACCCCCGACCCUGGGAGGGCCCCAUGGGGCGCUUUCGCUCCUGGGAGGGCCCCUAAGUGCACUACCGCCCCCGAGAAGAUCCCUGUGGGUGCCGCUGCCACUGGGAAGUCUCCUGGGGUCUCCAACGCACCUGGGACGGUUCCUGGGGUUUUCGCCGCCCCUAGAGGGCGGCUUCAGCUCCUGGAAGGGUCUCUGGGGUGUACGAUGCCCCAGGCAGGUCCCCUAAAAGCGGUACUGCCCCUAGGAGGGCCCGUGGGGACGUCCUUUGGGGGCGUCGCCGCCUCAAAGAGGGACCCUCCAAGGGGCCCCUGGAGUCUCCUCUACCCCUGGGCCCUGGGGUUGUCGUCGGCCCUGGAGGUGCCCCUGGGGUCGCUGCCGCCUCUGGAAGGGCCCCUGGGGUCACCAACGCACUUGGCAAGGCCUCUGGGGCCCUCUAUGCCACAAGGAGGGCCCAUUGGUGAGCCCCUUGGAGCGCCGCCGCCCCUAGGAGGGACCCUGGGGUCGUCGCUGCUCUUCCAAAUACCCCUUGGUUCGCCGAAGCCACUGGGAUAA